CAUUAUAUCCAAUCACAACUCAACAACAUCAACUUCACUUUAUUUUAGGCUGAAAAAUCUUGGAAUUUUCUUUAAAUUCAUUUCUUCAUCCUCUUUCUUGCUUCAGAAUCCUAUAAUUCUUUUUUCUGCUGAGUUGGUUUCUUUAUUAUUAUUUCUUCUCCUUUCCUUGUUACACAGACAAGGAAAAAGGGAGAAAGAACAGUUUUUUUUUCCCUCUCACGUCUGAAUAAGUCUUUCUCUGCCCUCUGUUGCUCUCAAACUCUUUGACUCUUUCUUUUGUUUCCAAAUUGGGUUAACACUUAUCACAUUCAUUGUGUUUACCUUCUCCUCUUGCUUUUCCAUUUUUUGUUUCUCACUUAAAAGUUCCAUUUUUUAUUUCUGGGUCAUUGUUGUUUUCUGUGAUCUUGUUAGAAUUUAGACCAAUUGAGUCACAGAUACUAGUUUUCAUUCAUCACCAAUUUGGAGCAUUCUCUCUGAUCUUUUUGAUCAAGUGGGUCUUUUCUAGAUUCCCGAGGACUCUUCUACUCUUAUAGAGAAAGGUAUUCUGAUUCCCUUCAAAGUGUUUGUGGGUUUAUCCUUGAUAUUGUUCUGGUAAAGCUUCAACUUCUGUUUUCAUUUCUCUUUGAUUUAUCUUGGUUUUCAAUUUUCCCAUCAAUAAGCCUAAAUUUGAUUGUAUGAACUUGUAAACUGAACUGAUGAAGUGGGAAACUUUAGCCCUUUCUCCUACACCUUGUUCUCCAAACUCCAGCACCAAUUGGUUGGUGGAAAAUAACAGGAGCACAAAAUGGACUCCUGAAGAGAACAAACUGUUUGAAAAUGCUCUUGCAGUGCAUGAUAAAGACACUCCAGAUCGGUGGCACAAAGUGGCUGAAAUGAUUCCUGGAAAAACAGUAGUUGAUGUGAUCAAGCAGUACAAGGAACUUGAAGCUGAUGUUAGCAAUAUAGAAGCUGGGUUAAUCCCAGUUCCUGGCUAUAGCACUGCUACUUCACCCUUCACCUUAGAUUGGGUGAACACUCCUGGUUAUGAUGGUUUCAAAGGAAGUGGCAAGAGAUCAUCCUCAGUGAGACCUCAUGAGCAGGAAAGGAAGAAAGGAGUACCUUGGACUGAAGAGGAACAUAAAUUGUUUCUUCUGGGUCUGAAGAAGUAUGGGAAAGGUGAUUGGAGAAAUAUUUCUCGCAACUUUGUGAUCUCUAGAACCCCAACACAAGUGGCUAGCCAUGCUCAGAAGUACUUCAUAAGGCAACUUUCAGGAGGCAAAGACAAGAGAAGGGCUAGCAUACAUGACAUAACAACGGUGAAUCUGACAGAAACCACCACAACUUCUUCAGAAGACACCAACAGAUCCACCUCACCACAUGUGCUCUCACAGCAGCAGCAGCAGCAAAAUUCUACUCCAACUACACCCACAACUCAUUUUCAGUGGAGUAAUCAAUCAAGCACAGGAAUGGCAAUGACUUUCAACCCUGCUCAUGAAAGAGUUUUCAUGUCUCCUUAUGGUGCUAACUCCUUUGGGGUUAAAAUGGAAGCACGGAAUCUGCAUAACGAGUCUUCUUACUUGGGACCUCAGACACAGAACAUGGUUUUCCAAAUGCAACAGUCCUCACAACACUAGUCCUAUGCAUCAUUUAGCCCUUGUUGUAGUGAGUUAUUAAUGGAUAGAACCCGAAUCUUGUGUCCAUUUCAAUAAGUACAGUGCUUGAGUUGAGCUUUUUCCCCGAGUUUUCAUGUGAAUAUAUCCUAGAAUGCUGGUUAGUAAUGAACUUGAAGGAAGGUACAUACAUUUGUUUCUUCAGCAAAUAAACACUUCUUGUAAGGAGAGUUGCAGGCAAACCAAGUCCAUAACGUUGUGUCUUGGUUGGUUUUCUAUGUUGUCUAAUAAUAAUGGAUUUCAAGCCAA